AUGGAUAUAUCAAAACAAAUAAGAGAAGGUAAUAAAGAUAUGAACGAAAAGGAAGUCACCCGUCGUAAAUUUAAGAUGAUACAUUCUAACUUCGAAAUUUUAAACAAACCUUGGUGGAAGAGUUCCUAUGAUGAACGAAAUGUUGAAUAUUUUAUCUCCUCAAUCAAACAUUUACAACACGUCAUAUUAUUAUCACUUUCUGAUCAUGAAAAUAAUGAAUUAUUUUGGAAGGGAUACCUCGAUCUUAAUCAUGAACGUUAUCUUUUAGAAUGUAUUUCUUCUGAAUGUGACGUUGAUCUCACAAUUGAAUUUGUACAACAGCAGUUAAAGAAACCUGAUAGAUCUUUACGUUUGGUUAAAAAAAUCCAAAAUCUUAAUGAUGCUAUUACUAGUAUUUUCCCAUCCAAGUUCUUUCCCAAACUUUCAAUUGAUAAUUUUACACCCUUGCUUGCAAAACAGUUAAAUCAACAUAUAUGCAAUGGAUUGAUCGAUAAUGCAGGCCAGUAUAGAAUAAAAUACGUUAUGCCAGCACAAGAAAACUUUGUUUAUAUGUCUCCAUAUUUGAUAGAAGACCGUAUGAAUGAACUAUUCCGUCAAUGUCGAGAAAAAUUUAAGAAAGAAGAUUUACAGCUGGAGGAAGCUGUCAAAUUUGGAGCGUGCUUUUAUUCUCAUUUCUUAAGUAUCCACCCUUUUAUGAAUGGAAAUGGAAGAGUAGCGAGGUUACUUUUGAGUUAUCUCUUAUCAAGAUUCACUGCGGUACCAUUCUCUUUAUAUAUAGGAACGAAAACACGAGAUGUGUAUUUACAAUGUUUGCGUGAAUCAAGAUCAUUCACACCUAACGCACUUGCAGCUCUUAUACUUGAGAGUAUACACUUAUCCUUCUAUAACAUAUGUUCAGUUAUGGAUUUAGAAUUAACGUUAGAGCCAAAACAAUCAUGUUGUAAAGAAAUAUGGAGAUAA